AGUUCACUUCCGGAGGCAUACACAGUGCAUGAAGUCGAAUUUGCUUGCAAUUUCGUUUGGACGAACUCAUCCUACGGAAACAUGUCCCGGGGUUCCAGUGCAGGGUUUGACCGUCACAUCACCAUCUUCUCCCCCGAGGGAAGACUCUAUCAAGUCGAAUAUGCUUUCAAGGCUAUUAACCAGGGUGGACUUACAUCUGUAGCAGUAAGAGGGAAAGAUUGUGCAGUUGUUGUCACACAAAAGAAAGUACCGGACAAGCUUCUGGACGCUUCCACAGUGACCCACCUUUUCAGAAUAACAGACAAUAUUGGAUGCGUGAUGUCGGGGAUGACAGCUGACAGCAAGUCUCAAGUUCAGCGAGCGCGCUACGAAGCUGCAAACUGGCAGUACAAGUAUGGUUACGAGAUUCCCGUGGACAUGCUGUGCAAGAGAAUCGCCGACAUCUCGCAGGUGUACACGCAGAACGCUGAAAUGCGACCGCUGGGGUGCUGUAUGAUCGUCAUUGGCAUCGACGAGGAGUUGGGCCCCCAGGUUUACAAAUGUGACCCGGCUGGUUACUACUGUGGUUUCAAAGCCACCGCUGCAGGAGUGAAACAAACCGAAGCCACCAGCUUCCUGGAGAAAAAAGUGAAAAAGAAACUGGACUGGACCUUUGAACAAACGAUUGAGACGGCGAUCUCUUGUCUGUCAACUGUUCUGUCCAUUGACUUCAAGCCUUCUGAGCUGGAGGUAGGAGUUGUUACAACGCAGGACACCAAGUUCAGAAUCCUGACAGAAGCCGAGGUGGACACCCACCUGAUGUCCUUGGCAGAGCGAGACUGAGCGAGCAGAGACACGUCAUCUUUUGGAAGAACUAGGAGCAUGACGGGAUACGCACUUCCCAGAUGAAGAACGGUGUUAUCUUUGCUGUAUACUUAUCCCACUGUUUAAUUCUUCAAUUAAAAAAAAACGUUUUUUGGAAUAA